UAGGACUUCAGUGACUCAAAGGAAAAUUAAAAGUUGUAUCAAUGGAGCACAUUCAGGGAGCUUGGAAGACUAUCAGUAAUGGUUUUGGACUCAAGGAUUCUGUCUUUGAUGGCCCAAACUGUAUUUCACCUACUAUUGUGCAGCAGUUUGGUUAUCAACGCCGAGCGUCUGACGAUGGCAAAAUAUCAGAUACUUCCAAAACUAGUAAUACUAUUCGGGUUUUUUUGCCCAACAAGCAACGCACAGUGGUAAAUGUGCGAAAUGGGAUGACCUUGCAUGAUUGUCUUAUGAAGGCGCUUAAAGUAAGAGGUCUCCAGCCAGAAUGCUGCGCCGUUUUUCGGCUUCUUACUGAACCAAAAGGCAAAAAAGCACGCCUGGAUUGGAAGACAGAUGCUGCUUCUUUGAUUGGAGAGGAACUGCAAGUGGACUUCCUUGAUCAUGUUCCGCUCACUACACACAAUUUUGCCAGGAAGACAUUUCUAAAGCUUGCAUUUUGUGACAUCUGCCAGAAGUUCCUGCUAAAUGGGUUUCGGUGUCAGACAUGUGGUUAUAAAUUCCAUGAACACUGCAGCACAAAAGUUCCAACCAUGUGUGUCGACUGGAGCAAUAUCAGGCAACUCUUAUUGUUCCCAAAUUCAAAUAUCAGUGACAGUGGUGCCCCUGCACUACCUCCCUUGACAAUGAAACGGAUGCGGGAGUCUGUCUCCCGGAUACCUGUUAGUUCCCAGCACAGGUAUUCUACACCUCAUGCCUUCACAUUCAAUGCAUCAAAUCCUUCCUCUGAGGGCUCCCUUUCCCAAAGACAGCGAUCUACAUCCACACCAAACGUGCACAUGGUUAGCACUACAGUGCCUGUAGACAGCAGGAUAAUCGAGAAUAACAGCCUGAAUGCCUCUCCCAGUUCCUGGUGCAGACGAUUUUGUCUGAGGGGAAGAGAUGCAAUUCGAAGCCAUAGUGAAUCAGCCUCACCCUCUGCUCUGUCGGGAAGUCCUAACAAUAUGAGUCCAACUGGCUGGUCUCAGCCCAAAACCCCUGUCCCAGCCCAAAGAGAGAGAGCCCCUGGAUCUAACACGCAAGAAAAAAAUAAAAUUAGGCCUCGUGGACAAAGAGAUUCCAGUUAUUAUUGGGAAAUAGAAGCAAGCGAAGUCAUGCUUUCUACCAGAAUAGGGUCAGGUUCUUUCGGAACGGUUUACAAAGGCAAAUGGCAUGGGGAUGUUGCUGUGAAGAUACUAAAGGUUGUAGAUCCAACUCCAGAACAGUUCCAAGCUUUCAGAAAUGAAGUGGCUGUAUUAAGGAAGACUCGGCAUGUUAAUAUUUUGCUCUUUAUGGGCUACAUGACUAAAGAUAACCUGGCUAUUGUUACACAAUGGUGUGAAGGAAGCAGUCUGUAUAAACACCUGCAUGUGCAAGAGACCAAGUUCCAAAUGUUCCAGCUCAUUGACAUUGCCCGGCAGACAGCCCAGGGAAUGGACUAUUUACAUGCAAAGAAUAUCAUCCACAGAGACAUGAAAUCCAAUAAUAUAUUUCUCCAUGAAGGCCUCACAGUGAAAAUAGGAGACUUUGGUCUGGCAACUGUAAAAUCCAGGUGGAGUGGAUCUCAACAGGUGGAACAGCCCACUGGUUCAGUCUUGUGGAUGGCACCAGAAGUAAUACGGAUGCAGGAUAGUAACCCAUUCAGUUUUCAGUCAGAUGUCUACUCCUAUGGAAUAGUAUUAUAUGAGCUAAUGACAGGAGAGUUGCCAUACUCCCAUAUAAACAACAGAGAUCAGAUUAUAUUCAUGGUCGGUCGAGGGUAUGCUUCUCCGGACCUCAGUAAACUGUACAAAAACUGUCCCAAAGCAAUGAAGAGGCUUGUAGCAGAUUGCUUGAAGAAAGUUAGGGAGGAACGACCUUUGUUUCCACAAAUAUUGUCUUCCAUUGAAUUGUUGCAACAUUCUUUACCCAAAAUCAACCGCAGUGCUUCUGAACCAUCUCUGCAUCGUGCAGCCCACACAGAGGAUAUAAAUUCUUGCACACUAACAUCGACGAGACUACCUGUUUUUUAGGAUCGUGCUCUCCUCCCCUGGUUCUCCCCAGUAAUGGGAAAGGAACAGAAAUAACGGGAGUUGCUUUCAACGCCUCAGUGUACAGGAUCAGUGCCAGCAGGAUUAUCUGCCUCCCAGUUUUAAGAACAAGCUGCUAAGGAUUUCUGCAGUUCUUAUCCUGCAGGACACAGCUCCACAUUGCCUUUUUCUACAGUUUCUUUUACUGGGAUAGAGUUAACAGACUAUAAUCAAGAGAUCUAUUACUAUUUUUUUAAUAGAUGCACUUGAGCCUUAUUUUUCCCAUACCCGGAAGAGAUGGAUGUUUCUUUGGCAGUGUUUCUGGAUUGAUUUGAAUCUGUUGAUAAAUUGGUAUUUUUAUAGCAAGGAUGGCUUGACUUGAUAUUUGAGGAAAGAUAAUGCAUUAUGGUGUUCUUUGAUUGUUCCAUGCCAUAUGACACUCUAAGUUGGGGAAGUUUUGCCUGAACUGAGAAUCUGCAAACAAGACUGAGGGAAGAGAAAAAAACAAAACAAAACAAACAAACAAACUUUCUGGAAAUCAGCUCCUGCCUAAGAGCUUUCAUCAAGCCAAUGAAAUAAGUUAAAACGCUAAUUCAACACAAUAGUUUUGCAAUAGUUUUGCACAUAGAAGAAAAACUCUUGCAAAGGAAUGGAAUAUAUUCUAAACUGUACUGCUCAGAGAAGGAAGCUAGCCAGUCUUGCUAUGGUCAUCUUCAGUAACUUAAGCAGCUUAUUUUGGUACUAUUGACUUGUUUCUUACAGCCCAGUGAGGUGUCAAGUGCAGAAAGAGGGGCUUUUGUGGCUGAAAAAAAAAAGCUAAUUAACAUUAUCAGUAUACUUCUGCAAAAUGAGCAUAGUCUCCAUCCCAUCUGAAGCUGUCGUCAGAGAGAUGCACUAUCAAGAGGAAACUGAGCAUAUGCAGUUUUUCUUGCUGAUUUGGGUUUUAAUUUUGUUUUUAUUGCUCCUGAGAAAAUGCAUUUAUUGUAAGCCAAGGUUCCUCUGAUUAUCUUAUUUUAAUAAAAUAAAUUAA